GACACAUUUUUUCUGUGAACCCCCACUGUCCGACCUUUAACUACUUCCUGUUCUUUUACAGCAGCGGCGGCUGUGAAUGAUGGCAGCGAACAUGUUUGUGUGGAGGUUGUGUUUUCUCCACAACAGCAGUAGUAACACAUUUUCCCGAUGUGUUCGCUCCGUGUUGCCGCUCUGUGUUCAGGCCUCGUCCUUCCACACUCACACAGCACAGUUCAACUCGAACAGAACAUCCAUUGCCUGCCACAGUCAGAGGAAAUUUGAGCGUCUCUAUCCACUGUUGCUGGUGCGACCUGAUGGAUCGACAAUCAACAUCAGAUACAAGGAGCCCAAACGCAUUUUUUUAAUGCCGGUGGAUAUUUCCACUCUAUCUGAAUCAGAUCGCCGCUUGCGGCUAAAGAAGAGGGAAGUUAAGAAAACAACAAAGGAGAAGGUGGUCAAAUAUGAGGACGACUUUGAAGCUGAAAAAUAUAGUCAAUUCUGGAAGAAGAAAUGACUGUAAUGAUGGGGAAGAACACUUCAGCACAUAGUUAUGAAAAUCACAGCAAAAAACUUUAGCAGGACUCUGGAUACUUUUUCCUGAAGAUUUACAAAUAAGAGACGGUUGAUUUAAACUGUUAAUGUUAAAUUGUUAAGUCAAUAAACUCUUACAAAGCUCA